AUGCAUCACUGGCUUACCCUCGCUGCCGCGGCCGCGCUGAUGGCCAACGGCGCCGUCGCGCAGUUCAACAUGCUGCGUUUUGCCUGCUCCCAGCUCGUCGUUGACCGGAUCGACCCCCUAGUUAACCCAGGCGUGCGCUACUCCCCCCAUCUCCACCAGAUUGUCGGCGGUAACUCGUUCAACCUUACCAUGACGCCCGUCGAGUACGACCUGGCCAAGCUGUCGACCUGCACCUCCUGCAGCUUUGCCCAGGACAAGUCCAACUACUGGACGGCCGUCAUGUUCUUCAAGCACAAGAACGGCUCCUACCACCGCGUGCCCCAGAUCGGCAAUGGCGGACCGCAAGGAAAACUCGUCAACAACGGCGGUCUUGACGUCUACUACAUCCCCAGUGGCAAGGUCACUGCCUUCAAGCCUGGUUUCCGUAUGCUUGCGGGCAACGCUGCCAACUCCGAUGACGGCCAAGUCACCAAGGGCAACAUCUGCCAUCGCUGCUGGACCUCGACCAGCGAGGACAACUUUGUGGGCGGUGCGCCUUGUACCGGCAGCGACACAGUUGCAAUCCCUGCCAACCCUCAGUGCAAGAUGAUCCGCCAGACCAUCAUCUUCCCGGCAUGCUGGGAUGGCACAAACUUGGACUCGCCCGAUCACAAGUCCCACGUCGCCUACAGCGGUACCGGUGCCAGCGGUGGCGGUGCCUGCCCAUCGACCCACCCCGUUAAGCUCCCCCAGGUCAUGUACGAGCUCAUGUGGGAUGUCAGCCAGUUCGACCAAAGCAUGUGGCCCGCCUCCGGCUCGCCGUUCCUGUACAGCAUGAACCUUGGUGGCUCUGCUGCCCACGGUGACUACGUCUUCGGCUGGGAAGGUGACAGCCUCCAGAAGGCCAUGGACAACAACUGCAAUCUCAACACCGACUGCGCGGCUGCCGGUAUCACUGCUCAGAAACCCGAGGUGUACAACGCUUGUACCAUCGAUCAACAGGCUCCCGAGCCCGUCGACGGAUGGCUUGCUUCCAUGCCCAUGGGUGAGAUGGCCGUGCGGGCUUAA